CCUGAUGUACGGCAGGGGGAAGAAGGGAGUGCAAAGAAAGGAAAAAGGGAGGGACUGAGGAAAAGAAUAGAAACAGAAGAGUUUCAUAUUCGUAGCCGUCUCACAUCAUGCACGGGAAGUCUGUUCCUCCACCUGACGAACUCAAUUGACAUCAGUUCUUUACAACUGCUCUGCUGUGCUUUUUAAAGAAGAAACUGUGUUGUCAUCAAUUGUAGAUUCACAGAUGGCUGCACUGCGCAAAGAUGGGGGCAAACAUGACAAUGGACCUGUAUUGAUGACUUGUGAUCAAUAAGGACAAUAUAAGGGGGACAUUUGAGGGACGUGAAGCCGGGCUUGUGAAACAAGAACUGUUUGGUUUUAAGCAUUCUUCCAAAUAUCUUUCUGUGUGUUCAUCAGAACAAAGACAUAUUUGGAAAAACAUGAGGGUGUGAAGACAUGCCUGCAAACUAACUUGAUGGAAUCUCCACAGUCUUUUACCCCCCCUCAAAAAGAGUCGUUGGUCAGCGGUGUGACACAGAUGCCCCAGCAGGAGGAAGAUGAGGAUGAUGAAGAUGAAGAAACUGGGGAGAAGUUUGAGUUUGAUGACAGUGAAGAUGAACAUCAUACAGUUGAGAUAAAACGACCAGAAGCUCCUAAUGUAGAAGCUGAGCAUUUAGAGAGCACUAAAGGGAGCACAGACCCAAAUGCACUUUAUUGUCAAUCUAUGAAGCGUGUCACGCAGCUGGAAAUGAAUGGAGGGACCUCUGCUGGUCUGGAGGACCAAGACAUUCCCACACAAGUGCAUGUGACAUGUCCUGACAUGGUAGCCAGACAGUCUCCUGAUGGGAGUUCCAUCUCAGCCGAGCCUCGAGUACCUGAAGAACCAUCAAACAUUUGGAAAAAAAAUGACAUUAAUGAAGGUUCAGAUUUUGAGUGCCUCUACACACCUAUUCGGAAGAGACCUAUAGACAAACACGCUAAAACAGGGAAACCUGUAUCUGAGUCAGAGGGAGAUUCAUCUCCAGAGCAGCCGCAGGUGAACACGACUCCUCCCGCUCAUUCAGAGGUCAUCUACGAUGACGUGCCUUGUGAGAACAUCACCCCACCGGAUGCGGAGGACGAUGUGAUCUACGAGGACGUGCAGAGGUCGGGCGAAUCUGGGCUGAUAUACAACAGUUGGGGUUCCAGCGAGUUUGAGAGUUAUGAUGAGCAGUCAGACAGCGAGACCAAGCAGCCCACCCGCAAUAAGAUUUCUCCAGAUGUGCGGCGUCUGAAGCAGCGCUGUGUCCAGACCCGGCGUGAGCUAGCCAUGCGAUUAGGGGCUCGAGAUGUCGGGCAGCUCAAACAAAGCUAUGACAUAAAGGUUCAACAGCUCAUGAAAGCUGCUAGGAACGGCACGAAAGAUGGACUGGAAAAGACCAAAAUAGCCAUGAUGCGCAAAGUGUCCUUCCUGAGUAAAAAAGACUGCACAGAUGACACAGAAGAUGAUUCUGGAUAUUUGGAUGUGACUGUUUCGGAACUGAAGCAUCCUCCACCUCAGCUGUCUCCAAUGCCAGAGGGGCUUAGUAGCCAACAGAUUGUUAGACGUCAUAUUCUCGGCUCUAUUAUCCAGAGUGAAAGAAGCUACUUAGACUCCCUCAAGAGAAUCUUACUGGAGUACAAGAAGCCUUUAAUGGAGGCGGAGCCUCGGAUCUUAAACCUGAAAAAGAUCCCACCCAUUUUCUACAGACUGAAGGAGAUCCUGCAAUGCCACUCCAUGUUUCAAAUAGCGUUGACCUCUCGUGUAGCGGAAUGGGACAAUACCGAGACAAUUGGAGACCUCUUUGUGGCUUCUUUUUCCAAGUCAAUGGUGCUAGAUGUGUACAGUGAUUAUGUCAACAACUUCACCAAUGCAAUGGCUCUCAUCAAGAAAGCUUGUAUGUCCAAGCCAGCAUUCCUGGAGUUUCUAAAGAAGAAACAGGCUGCGAGUGCGGACAGAAUCACUCUUUAUGGUCUGAUGGUCAAACCGAUUCAGCGUUUUCCUCAAUUCAUACUGCUGCUUCAGGACAUGCUGAAGAACACACCUGUGGGGCAUCAGGACAGGCUUCCUCUGCAGCUGGCCCUCACUGAGCUCGAGACUCUCGCUGAAAAGCUGAACGAGCAGAAACGUCUGGCAGAGCAGCUCGCUGAGAUCCAGCAGCUCGCUCGUAGCAUCAGCGACCGCAGCCUCAGCAAGCAGCUGAGCUCAGAACAAAAGCAGUUGAUUCUGUGCGAAACAUUGAUUGAGACGGUCUACGGUGAGAAGGGUCAAGUCCUCAAGUCCAAGGAACGUAAAGUCUUUCUCCUGAAUGACAUGCUCGUCUGUGCAAACAUGAAUUUAAAGGGCCCCCCAGAUAUCAGCAGCCUGGUCCCUGUUGGUCCAAAAUAUGCAGUUAAGUGGACCGCCCCCCUGCUGCAGGUUCAGGUGGUGGAGGUGGGCCAGGAGACGCCCCAGCGCAAAGACAACGUCUACCAGCAGAGCGGCAGCAAACGCUUGAGUUCCACCAACAAUCAAGGAAAGCUGUUUCUGGGACCUCCCCGGCUGUAUCAGGAUCUGCAGGAGCUACAGCAUGAUCUGUCAGUGGUGGAGGAUGUCACGUUGUUAGUCGGCACCCUGCAGGGAUCUUACCAGAAUCUCAACACGACGGUGGGCCAGGACUGGUGCAUGGCUCUUCAGAGGCUCAUCCGCAUCAAAGAAGACGAGAUCCAGUGUGCCAACAAGUGCCGUCUACGGCUGAUGGUUCCUGGCAAGCCUGACAAGUCUGGUCGUCCGGUCAGUUUCACAGUGGUCUUCAGUACACCCAGUCCAGUUAGCAAAAUCUCCUGGGUCAACCGUCUGCAUCUGGCCAAAAUUGCCCUGAGAGAGGAGAACACGCCUGGCUGGGUGUGUGUAGAGGAUGAUGAAAAGACUAAACCUCCAUUCUGGUGCCCAUUACUGGCCUGCCGGGUGCCUGUAUUUACACCGAAAGCACAAGAUCUGAAGUUACAGGCCGGUCUUUAUAACCCGGUUCAGUGUGCUCUGCUUGGAUUCUCUGCAGCCAGCACAUCCUUGCCUCAGGGCUACCUCUGGGUGGCGAGCGGGGGCGAUGACUCUCACGGGCAAGUGGAAAUUUUCUCUCUUAACAGACCCACUCCACGCUCGGUUAAGAGUUUCUCUCUCGGUUCUUCUGUGCUUUGUUUGGAGUACAUCACAGAGCCCAGCACUGAUGAGGAGCAGGAGCAGGAGGUACAGGCCACUGAAGUUCCAUCCAAGAUUGGCAACACCAUCUGUGUGGGAUUACAGGAUGGCAACAUUCUAGUUUAUGGAAGUGUGGACACUGCUGCUCAGUGUCUUCUAACAUUCUGUAACCCAGAGGGCUGUCCGGUUCUGUGCCUGAAACACUCCACCAAUUAUCUCUUUGCUGGAUUAAGUCAUGGAAAAAUUGCAGUUUACAGCAGGAAGAGUGGAGAUGGGUUAUGGGAUCCAGACUCGUGCAGACAUGUAGUUAUUGGGUACGCUCCGGUCCUCAAACUCCUGCGAAUAGACGAGUGUGUGUGGGCCAGCUGCGCCAACCAGGUCUCUGUCAUCGAGGGCUCCUCUCUCAGGACUCAGAGUUUUGAAGCUCAUCCGGAUGCUAUGGUUAGCGUGACCCACAUGGUGCGUGCUGGAGGAGGAGUGUGGAUGGCGUUUUCAGAAGGAAUAUCCCUACGUCUGUUUCACACUGAAACAUUGGAGCACCUCCAAGAGAUCAACAUUUCAACACCCUCCGCAUAUCUAAGCCCUGGCCAAAAAACGGUAUGUGUUACCAGUCUACUCAUCUGCCAGGGUCUGUUGUGGGUGGGGACAGCCCAGGGCGUCAUUGUCACCCUGCCGGUGCCCAAACUAGAAGGCAUUCCCAAAAUAACAGGCAAAGGAAUGACCUCACUUAAUGCUCACAAUGGCCCGGUUGAAUUUCUAGUCGCCACUUCCAGCAUUUUAUCCCAUGAUUUUCUAAAGCGGGAUUCUGCCGUGGAGGGUGGGGAUUCAAAUAGCAGAGGGGAGGAUAAAGAGGUGACAGGCUCGUCUCGGGAAUCCCUCCAGCAGGUAGAUUGCUCUCCGCAGGGAGAUGCCAAACCCAAAGGAGUGUUACUACAGUACCACCUGCGUUCCACAUAUCAGCUCCCUGGUAAGCUUUUGACCGCCCGGCCUGAGGACGCCUCAGACUUUACGCCAGACUCUUUGGAGCACACCCUGGAGGACGGCUCCAUCUAUGAGCUGAGUGAUGACCCGGAGGUAUGGGUCAGGGACCCUGGACCUUCCUCAAAGGAAGCAGCGCGGAGGGAGAAGGUAACAUCAACUGCUGUUAUAUCUGGUGGAAAAGGCUUCCGCCGGCUUGCAAACUCAUCCAGCUCUCCUGACUCUAAUGAGAAAACGCUUAUGGUUUGGCAGUUACCCAUUUCAGUUUGAGGAUAUAAUACACGUUCAUCCCUUUACAAUGCGUGAGGUGUUCUCGCAGCAGUGGGGGAUUGUCGGAUCACCGAAGGACAAAUAGACUGUGUGCUAUGUGUCUGAAUGGCUUAUGAGGAAUUACUCAUUCCACAUAACUGCACCAUUCGAUAUUCAUUUUUCAUAAUAACAGCAUGUGCUUAGUAUACAAUGCACCACAACUAAAUAUAAAAGAAUAAUAUAAUUCACAAUAUCACCGAAUGACUAAUGCCACCAAAUGAUCAGAUUUCAUUGCAUGCAAGGAAUCAGGGUACGUGUUUGUUGUUUUGUGUUUCAGAUGUUAUACAAAAAAUAAUGCAUUAUUACCAGGUGCACGAUAAUGCCACUGAAAAGAUGGCAAAAUAUUUGGAGUCCUAUUUAAAUGUGUUUUAAUGUUAUUUUAGUCAAAUGUGAAUAUAGGCGAUUCAUAAUUCAGAAAAGCAAGGUACUUGUUUAUCAUGAUUCUCAUUGUCCACAAGGUCACUUUGUUAAAAAAAUAAAUCAUUAC